GAUAUCCCGAUAACUGUGUCAAUUCUGAUUCUAAUGUCUUCAUACCACGCACACUCGUUCAUCUCUUUGCUUUGUCGUUUUGUAAUGUGACAAGCUUUUUCCGGUUUCUACCAGUGAUUUUCAGAUUUCUCUCCUUCAUACAAUCGUUUGUCCCACUCAUAUCUGUAAUUCACCCAUUUUAUACACUCAAAAAGCAUUAUCAUAUGCACCAACCUUCAUUAUAUCUCUUCCUAUACACCUGCUCUCUUUUACCCAAUCUUCAACAUUUGCACUGUUAUACAAAAGCUAGCUUCUGCAGCUUUGACCAUACUUCUAUUCUUUCCAGGUAGACCCUAGGCCAUAUUAUCAUUAUACAGCUUUUCCACAUACUCUUCUAAGUCGAGGCCCCAAACUUUCGACACCUAAUCACGCUCAUCAUACAAUUAGAGCAUCAUUCCAUUACAAAUUUACAAUUGAACAUACAUCGUCGUUAAAUAGAGAGAUAAUCUGGGUUUUUUGAGUUUUGGGAUUCCCGACGGUACACAGAGGCGGUCUUCCGCGUGCCAAUACACACCGUCGCCAUGAUGUUACGGCCAAUUUCAACCCUCUCAACUCUUUCCUUAGCCUUAAUAGGAACUCUGCCGGGCAGAGUCCUCGCAGCCCAAACCCUCACGACAACAGGCUAUACAUCAUGUUUGGCCGAUUCAAAUAUCUCAGUCCAGAAGAUGGCUGUCACGUACGAUAAUGACGCGAAAACAGUCACCUUCGAUGUGGCCGGAUCCAGUACCAAAUCUCAGAACGUCACGGCUGAGAUAAAUGUUACUGCAUAUGGAAUAUCAGUUUAUUCAAAAACCUUCAACCCGUGUGAUUCGACCACAUUUGUAGAACAAUUAUGUCCGAUCCCCGUGGGAACCUUUGCUGCCUCUGGAACACAAGCAAUUCCAGACCAAUAUGCCUCGAUGAUUCCCGCUAUUGCUUUCUCGGUACCUGAUAUCUCCGCCAUAGCUACAAUCGAACUCAAGGAUUUGAAUACCGCAGAAGAGGCUGCUUGCGUGCAAGCAGAUGUCACUAAUGGUAAAACUACUGCUGUGGCUGCUGUAUCUUACGUUGCCGCAGCUGUAGCUGGAGCAGCUGCAGUUGUAGGUGGAGUUUCAGCACUCGGUGCUGCAGCCAGUGGAGCGGGCGGAGGAGCGGCCAGCAGCCCGUCGUUCACGGAAUGUAUGACAUGGUUUCAGGGCAUGGCUAUGAAUGGAAUGAUGUCCGUCAAGUAUCCUCCGGUCUAUCGACAAUUCACCAAGAACUUUGGAUUCAGUACCGGUCUGAUUCCUUGGACCGCCAUGCAACAAUCGAUUGACAGUUUCCGAGCUGCUACUGGAGGUAAUUUGACGACUGAUAGUGUUACAUAUUUGAGAAAUGCUACGUUGGUAUUUUCAGAUGGAUCAACUGAUACACCGUCCAAACGAUCAUUACUAUACCUUCGAGAUGUUGUGACGUCAGUCAACGGAACGGAUGAUGCUAGUGACACCACCACUACGACAGCAAUCAUCGAAGAGAAAGUAGCGGGGAUCAAGGCCUACGUCGAAGAACUUUCAGUUCCACAAGCCAAUACUUUCAUGACAGUUCUCCUUAUUGUUGCUUGUGUUAUUGCCGCUAUUGUCGUCGCAGUCCUUGCUUUCAAAGUCCUCCUCGAAACCUGGGCCCUCUUCGCAUCUUUCCCAAAAAGUCUUACCGGAUUCCGAAAGCAUUACUGGCAAACUAUGGCUCGUCUCACUGUUCAAUUGAUUCUCGCUCUUUACGGUGUAUGGGUUCUUUACUGUAUAUUCCAAUUCACCAAUGGCGAUUCAUGGGCUGCUAAAACACUUGCUGCUGUCACACUGACUAUCUUUACCGCUGUCCUUGUAUUCUUCGCCUACAAAAUUUCCUCGGCAGCAAAGAAGCUUAAGGAGAGAGAUGGAGAUGUGUCAGGGUUAUACGAGAAGAAGGACAAUUGGCUCAAGUACAGUAUGUUCUACGAGAACUACAAGAAGGAUUUCUGGUGGUUGUUCGUCCCAGCUAUCAUCUACAUGUUCGCAAAGGGAUGCGUGUUAGCAGCAGCCGAUGGACAUGGCCUCACUCAAACCGUUGCUCAACUCAUCAUCGAAUGCCUCAUGCUCUCACUUCUCCUCUGGAGUCGUCCUUACGAGAGAAAAUCCGCCAAUGUGAUUAACAUGUUCGUCCAAGCGGUCCGUGUCCUCUCUGUCGUAUGUAUACUCGUCUUUGUGGAAGAACUCGGUAUCGCCGAAACCACCCAAACAGUCACCGGUGUCGUCCUUAUUGCAAUUCAAUCAGUUCUCACCGGUACCCUCGCAAUCCUCAUUGGUGUCAACGCCGUCAUCUCAAUCAUUAAACAAAACCCCCAUCGAAAACGCCGCAAGGAAGCUGAAAAACUCAAUCGCGACCUUGAUAAUCUCACUCCUCUCGACGCCCGCAACUCUCUCCUCAUGGACUCCAAAUCUAGCAUCCAUUCCUACGAGGGCGAUUCAAAACACCCAUAUCUACACUCCACUCACGAGACGCAUGAACCCUCAAGUUUCAUGAACGAGCCCGCGAACCCAUAUUCGCGCAGCCAAGAAAACCUCGUCGGUGGAGCCGCGCCAGUGGCUGGAACUGGGCAUCAGAGCCGUCAGCCUACCGUCCCGAAUAUGAAUAUAGGAGGUGGGAACUCCGGAGCUUAUAGGGGGAUGGCUUAUUAGAUCUCUGUUUCGUCCCUACAGAGGAAGGAAGAAAAGAAAAGAAGAAAAGAGGGAACGACAGGUGUCUUCACACAGAAGUGAAGCACAAUAGCAUCCCAUCUCAUCUCAUCGACCGAUUGGCUUGCUAGCGAGCCGAUGGACGAAAAAGAGAGAGAGGGUAUAUCAUUAGUAUCAUAUACAAGAUAACGAUUUCAUUUCGUCACUUAGCGGUACAAAAUUCUCUAUUUAUUGCAUAGGGUUCUCUUUGUACAGGUACGGGAGGGAAAGAGAGGGAUGUUGGAUAUAUGUGCGGGGUGGGAUGUGUGGUUUAUUUGAGUUUGUUUCAUGCAUAUAUGGCACAUACCCUUCCUUUUAUUCAUUUACCUUUUCUUGGCUCUUUUUUCUAUAGUUCAGUUUUAGUGGGUGAUACUAGCAUUUAUUCAAUGAGAGAUAUAUUAUUAUACGUUA